AUGGCUCCCAUCCCCUCAACCAUGAAAGCCGUCCAGAUUUCCAAAACCGGCGGCGUCGAAGUCCUAGAAUACAAAGAUGUACCCGUCCCCAGCAUCGCAAAAGGCCAAGUCCUCAUCAAGAACGACUACGCUGGCGUAAACUUCAUCGACACCUAUUUCCGCACUGGCCUUUACCCAUCUCCCCUGCCGCUUGUCCUGGGCCGCGAAGCCGCCGGUGAAGUCGUCUCCGCAGACAGCUCCGUGGCCAACUUCCCCCCCGGCACGAAGGUAGUGUACAUGGACUCACAGGCGUAUGCGCAGUACACGGCCGUCGACGCAGCCAAGGUCAUUGCCAUUCCGGCCAACUUGACGACUGAGCAGGCGGCUGCAGCUUUCCUGCAGGGCCUUACAGCGUGGACACUCAUUCGGGAAGCUGCGCAUGUGCAGGCCGGUCAGUGGACGCUCGUGCACGCUGCGGCCGGUGGUGUGGGACAGCUGCUUGUCCAGAUGCUCAAGAGCGUGGGGGCAAAGAUCAUUGGCACGGCUAGCACGCAGGAGAAGUGUGAUUUGGCCAAGAAGCUUGGUGCGGGAUGGACGGUCAAUUCGAAAGAGGAUGUGGUUGCUAAGGUCAAGGAGAUUACGGGAGGCCAUGGAGUUGAUGCUAUUUUCGAUGGUGUUGGUGCUGCGACAUUUGAUGCGGACUUGGAAAUGAUUGCUCUCAAGGGGUACCUUGUGUCUUUUGGAAACGCUUCCGGUGCGGUUCCACCUUUGAGUAUUCUAAAACUUGCAGCCAAGAACGUCAACCUCUUGCGACCCACGGUGAAUGGCUACGUUGCUGAGAGAAAGGACUUGGAGAAGUACUCUGCUGAGCUAUUUGAGCUGGUGAGCUCUGGCAAGGUCAACCUGGCUAUUCACGAUGUCUACCCGCUUCAGGAAGUUGGUCGCGCACACUCUGACCUGGAGAGUCGAAAGACGACAGGAAAGCUGCUUAUUAGCAUCGAGUAA